AUGGAAAGCUUAUAUCAGUUUUACACUCCUGUUAGCAGUGUACAAGAAUCAGUAGCUCCCAGUACCCUCAAAGCAAGCAUUUCUAUGAAGACAUCCUUCACAGUCAGCACUGUCACGGUGGGUGUGCUGAAGUUGACCACUGGCCUUGAGGGAUUGGCUGUAAGUGAUAGUCCACAUGAAGAACCAGAUGUUAAAAAAUUAGAAGAUUGACUUCAGAGUGGUCAAAUAGAAGUGAUUCUUCAGGCUGAAAGUGAACUAAGUCUGAUGAGAAAAAUGAUACAAUGGGAACCAUGGGAGCCUUUAGUGGAAGAACCUCCCACCAAUCAAUGGAAAUGGCCAAUAUAA